GGACUACAGUCUGUAACGUAGAACUACAAAGUGCACCUAUAUAUGGAGCUCCAUGAUGGCUGCUGAUGUCAUAGCCGUCUGCUGUUACAGUUUUAGAAGAGUCACUAAACUGAAGUCCGGGCAAGAUGAGACUCGUUCUGCGGUGGAUGUGAAAUGAAAGAAGACACCACUAAGUGUCCGUGUAAUCGUUAGGAGAGCUUUGGGUCAGUGCACGAUGGCUGGUGGUGAGGGCAAUGGGACUGCCUCAGAUAUUGGACCCGAGGGUGACCUUCACAUUCCCUUAAUCUUGGAGGAACGUGAGCGAGAAGAGGAACCUCUGAAAAAGGUGCUUAGCCGAAAGCUGAAAAAGCAAUGCUCCUGCAGCCCGGGUCGAGCCAAAGCCCUGCUCUUUGAUUCUAUACCCAUUCUGAAAUGGCUGCCACGAUAUCAGGUCAAAGACUGGCUUAUAGGUGACUUCAUGUCUGGCGUUAUUGUGGGCAUACUGCUGGUGCCCCAGUCCAUUGCUUACUCCCUGCUGGCAGGUCAGGAUCCAAUCUAUGGCCUCUACACGUCCUUCUUCUCCAGCAUCAUCUACACUCUCCUGGGGACAUCGAGGCACAUCUCAGUAGGAAUCUUCGGAGUGCUGUGUUUGUUGGUGGGCCAGGUUGUGGACAGGGAGCUGGCUGUGGCUGGAUAUCUCACAGAUCCACAGAGCAAUCUGACCAGCCUAGAGAACAGCACUGCUCCCCACUGUGACCGCAGCUGCUACGCCAUCAUUGUCGGAGCUACCGUCACCUUCACAGCAGGAGUCUACCAGGUGUUAAUGGGCCUCCUUCAGGUUGGCUUUGUCUCAGUGUUCCUCUCUGACUCUCUCCUGAGUGGUUUUGCUACUGGUGCCUCUCUCACCAUCCUAACCUCACAGCUGAAGUACCUUCUGGGCCUGAAGCUGCCUCGUGCCCAGGGCUGGGGCUCUCUGAUCAAAACUUGGAUCAGUCUGCUGAGGAACUUGGGCCAAACCAACAUCUGUGACCUCAUCACCAGCCUCCUCUGCCUGCUGGUGCUUGUCCCCACCAAAGAGCUCAAUGACCGCUUUAAAUCCAAACUCAAAGCACCCAUUCCCUUUGAGCUGUUUGUGGUCAUCAUUGCUACGCUGGCCUCCCACUUUGGUCAGUUCCAGGAGAAGUAUGGAUCCGAGGUAGCUGGGGCCAUUCCCACAGGCUUCAUGCCCCCUCAGCUGCCAGCUUGGUCUCUCAUCCCCAACAUAGCAGUUGAUGCCUUCUCCAUAGCCAUUGUUGGCUUUGCCAUCACUGUGUCUUUGUCUGAGAUGUUUGCUAAGAAACAUGGUUAUGUGGUGGACCCCAACCAGGAGAUGUACGCCAUCGGGUUCUGUAACAUCUUUCCAUCCUUUUUCCGCUGCUUCACCACCAGUGCUGCCCUGACCAAGACUCUAGUGAAGGAGUCAACUGGCUGCCAGACUCAGCUCUCAGGCCUGGUCACUGCACUGGUGUUAUUGUUAGUGCUCCUCGUCAUUGCUCCUCUCUUCUACUCUCUUCAGAAAUGUGUCCUGGCCGUCAUCAUUGUCGUGAAUCUGCGUGGAGCGCUCCGGAAGUUCCGGGAUGUUCCCCAGAUGUGGCGCGUGAACCGCGUGGACGCCACUAUCUGGCUGGUCACCAUGGCCACGUCGGCCUUGGUGAACACUGAGCUCGGCCUGCUGGUGGGAGUGCUGGUGUCUGCCUUCUGCGUGCUGGGACGCACUCAACGGGCCCAGGUCUUCCAGCUGGGGCAAGCUGGAGACUAUGAGAUUUUUGAGGACUUGGCAUCAUAUAAAGGCCUUCACACGGAGCCUGGGGUGGCUGUGUUUCGCUAUGAAGCUCCUAUCUAUUAUGCCAACCAGACUCUGUUUAAGAAGUCUCUGUAUCGCAACGUGGGCCUGGACCCACUGAAAGAGAAAGCCAGGCGCAAGAAGCUGGAGAAGCAGAGGAAGAAGCAGGAAACUGCAGCGAAUGGGGUCAAGCAGGACCCUGAAGCGGUCACCAAUGUCUUCCUCCCACAGAGUCCUACCUUUCAUACACUGGUUAUAGACUGCAGUGCAGUGCUGUUUCUGGAUAGUGCUGGUGUUGGUGCUCUAAAAGAAGUGCAUAAGGAUUAUAAGGAGUUAGGGGUGCGCUUACUGUUAGCGCAGUGCAGCACCUCGGUGAUUGAUUCCCUGCGGAGGGGUGGUUACUAUGACCCUAAGACGGGUAGCCCAGAAGUUAUUUUUCACACUAUCAGUGAUGCCGUUCGUUAUACCCAAAGCUUACUGUCACAGAAUGGUGAUUGCCUGACCAUUUGCUGAUAGAAAAAUGCUUUAUGCUUAGGGGUGGGCAAUAUGGCAAAAAAUGUAUAUCGCGAUACUUCUUCACAAUGCACAGAUACAAAGCAUUAGCAUAGCUGUGCAAAAAAACACUAAAAAUCAUACUAAGUGCACAAUGACUUAUUUUUGUUUAAGAAAAUCCAAUAAUUUUUCUUCAAGAAAAAUCCAAUAAAUCCAAUUACUUACCCCAGAUGUAUUAAACUCUGAAGCUACAGAGCUAACAUUGCUAACAAACACUAGAGCUCAGUACUCACCAAAAUCUUUUCUGUAAAUACAUGCCAAAAAAAUCUAGCACUCCACUCAAACCAUAUCCAGGUCUUUAUUAAGGGUCACGCAGGCUUGUCAAUGUGGUUUUAGGACACAGUAUAACUUGCUGUGAGGUAUAAAAUAUGAACAAACCAUACCGUGUAGCUGAAUACUGUGUCACGCAGACAAUGUAGAUGCUAGAUUACAUUUGUAUUUUUAAACAUAUAUUCAGUCAAAAUAUUCAGUUUGUUAAUUUAAUCUGUAGCAUCCAUAUACUUGCAUGAUUUCAGCACAACAAAUGUUCUAAAAUAGCUGCUUACAGCAUUCAGCUACAUAGUGAAGUUUUGUGGAUGCAUUUACAGAAAAGAUUUGGGUCACUAUUGGUUUCUAGUGUUUGUUGGCAGUGUUUGUAGCUCCAGUUUAAACCUAAAGAAAACUUGCCUCAGUAAUGACUUCUAGGGUUGUGCAAAUUCAAUUUUUUGCCAAACCUUUACUUUAACGACUCAUUGUUGCUACACUAACACCAUUGAUAGUCAUUUACAGGGCUCUCUACAAUUGGUCUAAACCUCUAUUUUUAUGCAGACAACUGGCCAGCAUUCUAGAAAUACUGGUGUGAUUUAUCACAAUAAUGAUAUCAUACUACCCUCCCCUCUUCAAGCAGCAUGUUUACUGAACUUUGCAGUCAAACCUUUGUGCCUUACUGUUAUUUCAGAUUGACAAUCAAUAUGAUGCAAUAUGAUUGUUUUUGUAGCUUUUCUUUUUUUUAGUCUUAAGGUAUGUUAGACAGUCUGGAUUUGAGUGCCUGCUUGCUCUCUGUGAAAAUGAAGAAUUCAUUGAAGAUGCAGAGGUCCAAAGAAUGAUUGCUGUUGAAGACCAAACAAUUCAUUGUUACAGAAUCCAACAUUUUUGUGUGUUUUGCAGCACUUUAUUAUUAUUUUUUUUAUUUCAGUCCUUUAAAAUUUCAAAACUGUGUGUUGUUACACUCAGUUUUGCUGGUCAAACUAGAACAAGUUACUGAUCUCAAAAGGAGGAAGGUUUUUUCUUUAUAUGCCAAAGAAAUCUAUGCAAAAGAUGAAGUCUUCCCAAAUAAUAUGGAACGAUUCAUUUCUUAUAGCCAUAUUUAAUGACUUGAGUUGACAUUUUAUGUUAUUUAUAAAUAAGCAAGUUGACGUAAUAUGUCUGUUUGCAUCGACUACUGAGUGGCUUAAAAUAUGAAUCUUCUUUCGUGGGAAUUUUCUGUAGAACAACAGUAAACAAAUUCUUUGCUUUUACAAAUUAUUUGCUUUUACAAAGCAAGUACCAGCCUUUUUUAUGAGUAUUUUCUAUGUGCCAUUUACAGAAUGUAUAUUCACUUAUUUCUUUAACACCAACCGGUUAUAGGUUUGGACUGAAAACUGUUUAACCUGGAGGUGAAAGCGAAUCCACGUGUUCACCGUGCCUCUCCCACUGCAGGAGAUUAUAUGUAGUCAUUGUAAUCGUACUACAUUCAAGAUAAGACACGCAGAGCCAUUAUGCUUUGUAAACAGCAGAAUGUCAGGGUUUGUUUUUUUUUUUUAGUUUACUGUGUCAACAAGGAAAAUCAAUUCAGAAAGCUUUUCUCCAGGAUUUGUUACUAUGGUUGGGGUUAGUUUACAUAAUUCAGGGCAUUCACAUGGACUUGUUGAACGGGUCCAAUUCUGUAGACAGCCACGUCACAGCAGUCAGUGAAGUCACGUCCACCGGCAACCUCCCAACCAAACAUGGGUUUCCUAGCUACUGCCAGAAUCCUUCCAUCCUGGCAGCUGUAAAAGAGAUGGAUCGUGCAUUAGGCACCUCAGAUGUACUUAAUUUUUAGCCAUUUAUAGUAACAGCAGUUUUAUCUACAUUUGUUUUUUCGAAUAUAUUUUUCUGCCUUUUCCUAUGAAUUUGAUUUUAUUUAUGCAAUAUCAUAAACUGGAUUUCUCAUUGAGAUUUAAGAGCUUUAAGUGCUGUAUUAUCUUUUCUAUUGUUCCUAUUUAUCAGUUCUAUUGUCUUAUUUAUCACUGAGGUUAGACCAAGAUCACUGUUAUUCAUUCAUUGUAAUGUUCUAUCUGUACAAGGUUUCGGUGGUUGUUACAGGUUUUUCGCCAUUUGGGUGUUCAAAAGGGAAAGCUUUGUGUUAUUUUAUGUCUCUAAGUGCAUUUUAGAUUCUUAUGGCUUGCACAAAAUAAACAGAACAUAUAUACUACCUG